CAAAACUAAGAGCUAAAUGAAGUGUAUAUAUAUAUAUAUGAAGAAUAAGCAUAACGAAUUUGAUCAAACAUUGAUAGCCAUUUCGAUCUUUCCUGUUUAUUAGAGAAAUUCACAUAUAUGGAAAAAGGCCAAAGGCGUGUAAUCAAGUCGCAUUUCGUGUUUGUCCACGGUUUAGGACACGGAGCAUGGUGUUGGUACAAGGUAAUAACAACGUUGAUAUCCUUAGGUUACAAGGCCACUGCUCUUGACUUGGCUGCCUCCGGCGUCCACUAUAAGGAAUCGGAAGAAGUCAAGUCUCUCUCCGACUAUGUUGAGCCGUUGAUGCACGUCGUCGAGCUUCUUCCGCCGGACGAUCGGCUGAUUCUAGUCGGCCAUGGCAUGGGUGGACUUGCCAUUUCCCUUGCCAUGGAUAAGUUCCCAAAGAAAAUUGCUGCUGCUGCUUUUGUUGCUGCUUACAUGCCUGGCCCUGAUUUCCCUUUCUCACAUAUCAUUCAACAGUCAAAUCAAGGGUUGGAUUUUCUCAAGGACAACAAAUACAAAUUUGAUAAUGGUACUGAUAAGCCCCCAACGGCUGUAUACUUCGGCUCUAAUUUUCUGUCGUCAAAGAUGUACCAAUACUCAAGAGCUGAGGAUAUGAUCCUUGCUUCGUUGUUGAUGCGACACACUCCAAUGUUCCAUGAUCCUGAAGUUUUAAAAGAAGCAGAACUCACUAAAGAAAAGUAUGGUUCGAUUCCAAGAGUCUACAUUAUGUGCAGUCAAGAUCUGUCAAUGAAGGCAGAUGUUCAACGAUGGAUGAUUGAGAAGAAUCCACCACAAGAUGUGAAGGUUAUUUUAGGUUCAGAUCAUAUGGUCAUGUUCUCUAAAACUCAAGAAUUCUGCUCUCGUUUGAUGGAAAUUGCUGAAAAAUACCAUUGAAAUUGUAUAUAUGGAGAUAUGUAUAAACAACAUUAAUUUGUAGGAGUUUAGCUUUGACGAUUUUAAAACUUUUUUAUGUGUGUUGUGCAAAGAUUAUUUUCUCCGUUAUUUGAUUUUACAUUGUCUACAA